CUUAUUUAUGCAAACUUCAUCUUGUGAAAUAUGAGAAUUCUUUGAUUAGCUAAUACUCAACCCCAAACAAUAAAGUUGGUGUAACCAUCACUAGUAAAGAAAAAUUUCCUUCAAGUCUCCACUAGAAGAUUAAACAUUGUUGAAGUGAGUAAUUAACUCAUAGCAGAGUAUGAGUGUGAUCAACUGCCUUAUCAUUUUCACCUGAAGAUUUAUUUUUGCUAAAUUUAUGUGUUUGUCUAACCAUUUUAAAACUUAUGAUCACAUAAUCUAGUAGAUGGAGCUAGACUUGCAAUCUUGUGCUCGACUGCUCAAUUCUGUUAACAGCAACCAAUCUCUUCCACAUGGGAAGCAACUCCACCUCGUUUUCCUCAAAAGGGGUAUCCUUAACUCUGCUCUAACAAUAGCCAAUCGCCUUCUUCAGAUGUACACGAGGUGUGGACAAAUGGCUGAUGCAGAGUUACUGUUCGAUGAAAUGUCUCAGAGAAACUGCUUCACUUGGAAUACCAUGAUUGAAGGGUAUAUGAAUGGGGGAAAGAUAAACAGCUCUUUGGACUUGUUUCGUUUAUUGCCUUCCAAGAAUGAAUUUUCUUGGAAUGUGGUCAUUCUUGGUCUUGUUAAAGCGGAGGAGUUGGGUGUUGCUAGAAGACUUCUGUGUGAAAUGCCAAGGAAGAAUGAAGUAGUUUGGAAUGGACUUAUUCACGGGUAUGCGAAAAUGGGAUUCCCUGGAGUGGCUUUAUGCUUGUUUAAGGAGUUUAUAGACUGGGAUUUUCGUGAGACGGGUGCUGCAUCACAUAUAGAUUCAUUUGUUUUGGCAACUGCAUUAGGAGCUUGUGCUGACACAAGAAGUGUUGAUUUGGGGAAGCAAAUUCAUGCUCGUAUUAUAGUCGAUGAAGUUGAAGUUGAUUCUGUGUUGGCAAGUUCUUUAGUUAACAUGUAUGGAAAGGGUGGUGAUUUGGAUAAUGCGAGCUAUAUUUUGAAUAGAAUGCAGAAUCCUGAUAACUUUUCCUUGUCAGCACUAAUUUCAGCAUAUUCAAAAUGUGGUCGAAUGGAUGAUGCUAGAAAGAUAUUCAACCUGAUAACUGAUCCUUGUGUUGUACUAUGGAACUCCAUGUUUUCUGGGUAUGUGUCAUGCGAUGAAGUGUUAGAAGCAUUAUUACUUUUUGAGGAGAUGCACAAAGAAGGAGUUAUAGGGGAUUCCUCUACAUUAGCUAGUGUAUUGAAUGCCUGUGCUAGUGCACAUGCCCUUAAAAAUUGUUUGCAAGUGCAUGUUUAUGGUUUUAAGCUUGGACUGUUGGAUGACCUUGUCGUUGCUAGUGCGCUCAUUGACGCAUAUGCUAAAUGUGGAUGUCCUGAUGAAGCUUCCAAAGUUUUUAAUGAACUCAAAACACAUGAUACCAUCUUGCUAAAUUCUAUGAUUACCAUAUAUUUCAACUGCAACAGAAUUGAAGAUGCGAGGCAAUUAUUUGAGUCAAUGCCCUACAAGAGCUUAAUAUCUUGGAACUCUAUGAUAAUUGGUCUUAAUCAAAAUGGUUGUCCAGUUGAAGCACUGGAUCUUUUCUACAGGAUGAAUAGGAUGGAUUUUAGGAUGGACAAAUUUAGCUUUUCAAGUGUCAUCAGUGCCUGUGCAAGCAUUGCUUCAGUUGAACUUGGUGAACAGAUUUUUGCAAGAGCUGUUAUCAUCGGCAUUGAUUGUGAUAAAAUAAUUUCUACCUCCUUAAUUGAUUUCUACUGCAAGUGUGGUUUUGUUAGUGAUGCCAGGAAGCUCUUUGACCAAAUGAUGAAAUCCGACGAGGUUUCGUGGAAUUCUAUGUUGAUGGGUUAUGCUACAAAUGGUUACGGAAAUGAAGCUUUGAAUCUAUUCCACGAAAUGAGAAGUGCGGGUGUUUCGCCAACAAAUAUCACAUUUAUUGGUGUCUUAUCUGCCUGUGAUCAUUGUGGUUUACUAGAAGAGGGAAAAAGGUGGUUUAAUUCAAUGAAUUACGAUUAUCACGUUGAUCCAGGGAUUGAACAUUACUCCUGUAUGGUAGAUCUUUAUGCAAGAGCAGGAUGUCUUGAAGAAGCUGUGAACCUCAUCGAAAAGAUGCCAUUUGAGGCAGAUUCAAGCAUGUGGUUAUCCAUUUUGAGAGGAUGUGUAGCUCAUGGUAACAAGAUACUAGGACAGCUCGUGGCCCAACACAUUAUAGAGCUUGAUCCUGAGAAUUCAGGUGCUUUCGUGCAGUUAUCAAACAUAUUUGCUACUUCUGAGGACUGGGAAAGAUCUGCUUUGGUCAGGAGGCUGAUGAUAGAAAAGAAAAUCCAUAAAAGUUCUGGUCGAAGCUGGAGUGAUAUGUAAGACAAAGUGCAGUACAGGUCUCCGGAUAAUUAUUGCAGCAGUGCGAGAAGAGGUUAACUUUAUUUUUUAGCCACCCACUUCAAUAUCUUUUGAAGCUAUUAAUUGUUUUUUUUCCGGCUCGUUCAUGUUCCUGUAACAAUGGUUUUCUUCUAAUCUUGUUGCAUUAUUUUGUGAGCACAUCCCAGUUGAAGGGCUUUGUGAGAAUUAGCAGUUUGUUUCUCAGAUGCCUUGAUUUAGGACAGAAAAGACUUGCUGCUGUCAGCUUACAGCCUUAUCAUUCAAGUUUGUUGGAUAUAUUUGCUUAUACAGAUUAGUAUUUUUCUAUAAGUGG